AAGUUUCGUUAUGAGGUCACGUCUACGUAUUCCACGUCACGGAAGUCACAGAGAUGAUGAUCCAUUAUCUAAAACAGAGCUGCGAACUUGGCUUAUCGGUCUUGUAAUGUUGUGGUACUUUGCAGGAUACAGACUCAGGACUGUCUUGGACUAAAACAGAGCCGAAAGCUCUCGAAAGCGGAGGCUGAGUUGGUGGGCGAGCCUGCCUGCCGUUUUGCAGGCUAGCUCGCUAGUUUAGUAGCCAGCUGCCUUGGCGACGAGCUGAGUAACGUUAACUAAUCUCAAGACAGCCAUCGAGGCAGCUCGCAGUUAUUUCAUUUUUACUGUCGCCUUGUAUUGCGUAGCCAUGGCAACUCGGCGACUGACCGAUGCCUUCUUAUUAAUGCGGAACAAUGCAAUCCAAAACCGGCAGAUUUUGGCUGAGCAAGUGAGUACAUACGACCCCCGUCGUACCCUGAAUACACGUAGCAAUGCUGCGGAGUUUGAUGAGUUGGCUGAUGACCGUAUGGCCCUGGUGUCCGGCAUCAGUUUGGAUCCAGAGGCUGCUAUCGGUGUCACAAAGAGACUCCCACCUAAAUGGGUGGAGGAAGUGGAUGAGAUUCAGUAUGAAAUCACACGUAUUCGUCAGAAGAUGAAGGAACUGGCCAGUCUGCACGACAAACACAUGAACCGGCCCACGCUGGAUGACAGCAGCGAAGAGGAGCACGCCAUCGAGAUCACUACACAGGAAGUUACACAGAUGUUUCACAGGUGCCAGCGGGCCGUGACUGGGCUGCAGACUCAGAGCCGUCAUUGUACAGAGCAAGAAAACAGGCUGUUGACCAAUGUGGUCUCCUCACUGGCCCAGAGCCUUCAAGAACUGUCAAUCAACUUCAGACACACACAGUCAAGCUACCUGAAACGUAUGAAAAACCGUGAAGAAAGAUCCAAGCACUUUUUUGACUCCGGUCCUCUUGUGGAGGAAGAUGAAGAUAUUGCGCUAUAUGACAGAGGGUUUACAGAUGACCAAUUAGUGCUGGUUCAGCAAAACACAGUACUGGUAGAAGAGCGAGAGAGAGAAAUUCGACAAAUUGUUCAGUCCAUCUCUGACCUUAAUGAGAUAUUUAGAGAUCUUGCUGGAAUGGUUGUUGAACAGGGCACAGUCCUCGACAGAAUCGACUUCAAUGUGGAGCAAGCUUGUGUCAAAACAGACGAGGGGCUGCAGCAGUUGCAGAAGGCUGAACAGUACCAGAAGAAAAACCGCAAGAUGCUGGUCAUUUUAAUUCUCUUUGUCAUAGUUGUUGUUCUAAUACUUGUUCUGUUCGGGACAAAGUUUAGGUGAAUCAUUCCAUGGCCUCUAGGAGGGAACUACCUGUUUGUAUGAGAGAAAUUGAUGUGUGCGUGAGUGGGUAUGCAUGCUAACUUUCAACACCAUUGUUUGAGGGUGGAAAAUUUGUCUAAAAUUUGGAAGGUGCUUAAGUUUUAAAAUACUACACAAAGUGAAGCAAAUAAGGACGCCCCCUUCUGGCUACCGAGUGCAGUGUCUGGAGAUGUUCAUGUCCUCCAGUUUCUUUCAGAGGGCCAUUUGUCUUCAUUUUUCCUGCACAAGCACAGUAAUUAGGAGUGUGUAUGCGAUAUGGCAGCAUGCUCAUCUCAACUGCCCUUGUCAUCUCAUCUGAAGAGUAAACAGGAAGAUAAUGGGAAAAGAUAAGUUAUGCUCGGAAGAUGAUCUUAUCUGCUUGGAUGAAUUCAAAAAAGAAUUUCAAAAGAAUUUCCAGGUCAUAUUUCACCACAUAAUUUUGCCUAAAAGCUUUGUUCAUAUUUUUCCACAUUUUCCUUAGUUAUUUAGUAUUUUUUGCACAUUUUCCUCUCAACUCUCAUUACUGUAAUGCAGAAUUAAAUUAUUUUAAAUCAAAAAGUACAGUUGCAGUAUUACAGUAAUUUUUACUGUAUAACUGGUGCAAAACUAAUGGGAAUCACCAUUGAUAAUAAUGGAAAAUAAAUUAGAAUACAUUAAAAUAACUGAGACUUUAGGGCGGAAUGAGCUUAAUGGUUGUAAAAAUAAUUUCAUGAUGCCUAUUCUUUUGAAUAUUGGGUUAAAUGUCACAUGAACGUGUUUUCUAAAGAUUCACUCACUUCCUUGGGUUCAAUCAACAUCAGUGUGAGCAUCUUCAAUGAAACCUGUCAUAAGCUCCUUUUGAAUCAGACCUUGCUUGCAAGUUGGGAUGUGUGUGUGUGUGUGAGAGAGAAGCACUGACACUCCAGUCAACCAUGGAGGAAUUUAAUGACUGAGGCAAGUGUACUCAAAACAUUUACCAUGUUCAGUUUUUAAAAAAAAAAUUAUAAUUUUUGUGUGAUAAAAUGUGUAAUAUUGGGAUUAUGACGUGUUGAAUGAGCUGAAUGUUACAUUGUCCUUUAUGAGUGUCCAUGACUGAGCGUUAGUUCUUCUGCUCACGUCAGCGGAGGCGUUUUAUGCACCAUCAUGUAGUUGUCCACGUUUUAAUGGCAGAGUUGUUGUCAUUAUAUCAGUAUCAUUUCAGUGAUUUAUUCAGUGAAAAGCAGGAGUGAUUCAUCAAGAUUUUUUGCUUCACUCUGUUCCUUGCCUUAAAGAGUGAACAUUUGUGCGCUGAACUUGGAUGUUUUUAAAGCUUUUCUUGUCCGUUUCAUUAGCUGGUGUUGUCACUACCGUAUCGUUCAGUCUGACCUUUGAACUUAAACUGAACUUUAAACUUCAGUCGGGUCUGCUGACUGACUGUACAACUACUGUUCCCUGUUCAAGAUGAAAUUAUUUAUUUUAGAUGCAAAUGUGUACAGAGUUUAUGGAGUUCUAUUGUUGUCUAUUGGUAGUCCAGAGUCUUUUUUUUUUUGUGUAUUGUAAUGAUUUACUUUUUUCUGUCCUUUCAAAAAUCAAUUCCUGUUGGCUUUUGUGAAGGGUAAUUGCACCACUACUGUAUGAUUAUUUUAUAAAUACAGAGACUGUUUAUUCUUAUUUUAGAAGGUUUUGAAAAAAAUAUAUAACUGCUCAUUCAAGGCUUAAAUCCAUUACAUGUGAUUUACUCCAUGGUUUUGGCAUGAAACCCAGUGUGAAUAUAAUAUUUUUCUGCCAUUAUGGUACUACUGUAUGCUAUCUGAACCUUCUGUAAACGCUGAACAGGUUUUUAAUGAAAUUAAAACAAAUAUAUAUAUAUAAAGAUGAAUGGUGUGUAGUAUUUUAUAAAGGCAUUGAUACAUAUAUUUUAGUUAUUUAAAAAAAUACUGUAGGACUGUGUCAUGAUUUUUCGCUCAACUAAAACAAUCAAAAUUAAUUUCACUAUUUUCUGCUUAACCCUAUAAAGCUGACUGUAUAACAUUUGAUAUGAAUUUCUAAAGCCUCUAAAUUACCAACAUGAUCAAAACUUUGCUGAAAAUCCUGUUGUGCACCAUCUACAAAAUGCCUGUAUUAAUCAACUCUC